UUUAAUAAAACCGCGCAACCAGUCUCAGUCCGAUGCCGCGACAAACCUCCGCCGCGCGAUCCACCUCCGCCGCCACUGGAUUGAAGGCGGAGGGGACAAAAAAUAUGCAUUUCUUUAAAAAAGUAUUAAAAAACCCCAAGCUAUCCUCCGCCGUCGCCGUGCUCCUCGCGGACGCCGUCCUGGUUUCUCUCAUCAUCGCAUAUGUUCCAUAUACGAAAAUUGAUUGGGAUGCUUACAUGUCACAGGUUACUGGUUUUCUGGGAGGUGAAAGAGAUUACAGCAAACUGAAAGGUGAUACAGGGCCUCUGGUAUAUCCAGCUGGAUUUCUGUAUAUCUACUCUGCCAUUCAGUAUGUUACUGGUGGAGAGGUUUAUCCUGCUCAGAUUUUAUUUGGCAUACUCUACAUUGUGAAUCUCGGGAUGGUUCUAUUUAUUUAUUUGAAGACGGAUGUGCUUCCUUGGUGGGCUCUAUGCCUGCUUACUUUGUCAAAAAGAUUGCACUCAAUCUUUGUGCUUCGCUUGUUCAAUGACUGUUUUGCCACAACAAUGUUCCAUGCAGCACUGAUUUCAUUUCUUUAUCAGAAAUGGCAUCUAGGUUUAAUCAUUUUCAGUGGGGCUGUCUCAGUGAAGAUGAAUGUUCUGCUUUUCGCACCUCCAUUGUUACUCCUCUUGCUGAAGGCUAUGGAUGUUUUUGGGGUAAUAUCUGCUGGUGCAGGUGCGGCCAUAGUACAGAUUCUCUUGGCUUUACCUUUCAUAUUAUCACACCCAGUCGCAUAUUUCUCAAGAGCUUUUAAUCUUGGUCGCGUGUUCGUCCAUUUUUGGUCUGUCAAUUUUAAAUUUGUCCCAGAGCCGGUUUUUAUUUCAAAAGGAUUUGCGCUGUUUCUACUGGCUGCUCAUCUUCUUCUGCUUGCAGUCUUUGCUCAUUAUAAAUGGUGCAGGCAUGAAGGAGGUUUGUUCUCUUUCUUGCAUUGUAAACUUGCUCAAAUGAAGCUCAAAUUUAUUAAUCCAACUUCUUUCCCCCUGAGAGGGCUCAAUGAGCAGAAUAUCAAUCCGAGGGUGCUUAAAACAGAGCAUAUUGCAACGACUAUGUUUGUUGGGAACUUUGUUGGAGUCGUGUGUGCUCGGUCUCUCCAUUAUCAGUUCUACUCUUGGUAUUUCUAUUCUCUACCCUAUCUAUUGUGGCGAACACCAUUUCCAACUUGGUUCCGUUUAAUUCUGUUUGUAAUGGUGGAGUUAUGUUGGAACAUCUUCCCUUCUAAUAUCUACUCAUCAACACUGCUGCUCUGCGCCCACUUAAUCAUCUUAGUAGGUCUGUGGAUGGCACCCCCGGAGUAUCCAUACAUGGACAAUACUACUAACGGCAAACCUGCAAACUCAAAGAAGGCCAGAUGAAAUACUAGUAAUUUAUAUCCCAUGUCAAUCAGAUUUUGAGGCAGAGUUUGUAGUCCAAAAAAGGUGGAGGAUGGUAGUAUUAGUAUGGUCAUGGCACUUUUUUUCUUUAGGAUAUACUCCUACAUUCGAUAAUGAGUUGUACGUAGUGGCAAUUCUUGAAUCUGUUUUUGCUUAACUGUUAUUUUUGCUUAA